AUGAGUUCUCUCAAAGACAUCAUGUCUAUAAUCGACCCGAGCGCGAAGGCACAGGCGACCGUAUCCAAGCAAGCCCCGCCUGCCGGAGCCCCUAGGCCAGUGUCGCGACCAAGCGGAGGGGCAAAUGGCGCAUCGCAGCCGCCUCAGUUGAAGCGCAAGGCAUCGGGGCCGGUUGAGAGUGGACAAGUCAAGAUACAGAGGAAGGAGGCUGUUCGGGGACCAGCGCAGCCAAACGGCGUGGCGCGUGCCACCUCGUCGCCUGCCUCGUCAAAACCUACGCCAUCCGCAUCUACCACAGCUGUCCCAUACCGUGGCACCGCCGCUCCAGCAUCGUCGAAAUCAGCAAAUCCACCCGUCCGCAAGCCUCUACAGUCGUCGAAUGCACCCGCUGCCAGACCCAAGGCCACUGCGCCUGUGCCCGCGCCCACGCCCAAGCCUGCACCACCUGCCACGUCGACACCAGCCUCGUCCGCCGCACCCAAGAAGGGCUAUCUCGCUAUGCUUCAGAAAGCCAAAGAGAAGGACGCGACAAAGCCCAUCGCUCCGCCAAUCAAGCACGAGCCAACCAAGAUAUUGUCAAGAAAAGAGCGCUUGGCACUCAAGGCAGAAGCAAGUGCUGGGGCAAAGGGCAAGAAGCCUGUUGCUGGAUUACCUUCAAGGGCCCUAGACCCGAAAGCCGAUCCCUCGAAAGAAAAGAAGAAGCCAUCCGAGGUUGGCUACCAAGGCACAGCCCGGCCAGCCAAGAAGCCUGUCGAAGUUGGAUACAAAGGAACAGCCCGUCCGGCGAGUGCUCCUGCAACGUCAAGUCGGAACGGCACGCCAGCCGUCAAGGCAAAACCGAACCCGGCCAAGGGACGCUACGAUGGUUAUGCAGACUGGGACGAACUUAGUGACAUGGAAGAUGAAGAAGAAGACUAUGCCUCUGAUGCUUCCUCCGACAUGGAAGGUGGUAUCUGGGACGUCGAAGAAGAGGAACAGAUAGCCCUCAAGGUCGCUAAGAAGGAAGACGCUGAGGCAUUAGCUGAGGAAAACCGGCUGAAGCGUGAGAAGGAGGAACGAAAGAAGAAGUUAGCGGCUAUGGCUGCCAAGGCUAAGAAGAGACAACUAGAAGAACGACGCGAGAAAGAGAGGCGAAGGGCACGCGACAAGAUUGAGAACGACCUUGAUGACGGGCGUGUGGGGCCUAGGAGUAGUGAUUCGCCUGACGAGCUUCCAGUGAUUAUCGACAGAGGUCCAUACAGGGGCCACAUUUACCCACGGGAGCAGCUUUUCUUCAACAGCAUUAUGCUGGCCUCUGAUGUAGAGCCGAUUUACGCUGGCCCACUGGGAGGAGAACUUAGACAGGAGGUGCACAGAGCCCCAAUAAGGCGUCCAAAGACGCAGCGUGAGCAGAAGCCACGUUCAAGGCCUGUGCCAAGUGAAUACUUGACCGCGUCACAGAACGCAGAAAAUCUAAGGCAGUGGGAAAAGCGGAAUAAGGUUGAUGAGACAAAGCAAAGAGAGUAUCCAAGACCCGUGCCGACGCUCAACAGUAUCCUACGCAAUGAAGCCGUCGAUCCAAGCAUGAGAGCAAGAGUCAGAGAAAGAAUUGAACGUGGUCUCACCUCUGCUGAUCAAAAGCUUUUGGACAAGGACUCUUACCCUGUUACUAUGAAAGACGCUGGUCUUGUUCCAAAUUUCAGCCACCCAAGUGCUGGGAGUUACUAUCCUUCGUCAUCGGGCUCUAGUGACGGCUCCAAUAAUGAUCCCCAUCAUCGCCCACCGUCACCUCCUGAUCGUGUGCCAGAGCAUGUCUUCGCAUUUCUCUGCUCUUUACUGACACCAUCCGAACUCGCUCUCCACUACGAUGUCAUAUUUGAUUCAGCUCCUCCACAUCCUCCACCAUUUCCCAACCUUGUACCACGCAGCAAUGCCACGUCGACGACCCCAGUAGAUGUGCGUCUCGUUCAAAAGCUACACACUGCGGUUUACGGUCUCCAAGAUCGCAUCGUUGGCGUAGAGGAAGACCUCAUUCCAGAACUUAGCACAAAUCUGGAAAACAAGCACCUCCAGGUCAAGGAACUCGAUGUACAGAAUCUCAGCCUGCAGGAAGAGGUUAUAGAACUCAAGCGCAUAGUAGACUUCAGCAACAAGGUUCUGGCUGGAUGUUGGGAGCGCGAAUGGGAGGUGUGGCGCACACUGAACGAUAUCCAGAGGAGACGCGAAGCAUGUCGCGGUCGGCUAGCUCGUAUGUUCUCACGUGCCUCAGAUGCUACUAUCCGAGACGAUGAGUUACUGCACUCUCAUAGGCCAGAAGGUUAUGUGGCCCAGACUCAGCCGUUCGGAAGAGCAGCCCAGGGCCCUCUUAAGAAGAAGGAACUUGACGCUCUUCUACUGAUGGCGAAACAGAAUGUCAGCAUACUUGUUGAGGAUUUGGGGGAAGCAAGGGGGCUGGUGGAGGCAUUUCGAGAGAGGAGCGAAGUAGACGAAGAGGUGCCGCCUGCGGAAAGGUCCGCGGUGCGGCGUAUUGAAGUGGGACAAGCCCUACUUUCAGAUGAGAUGAGAGAGGUAUCCAGACACCUCAGUACCCACACGAACUAUGAAGAAGCACGUAAGGUGGUAUUAUGGGUCUCUUCAACGCCAUCCGAUGGUGCUCGUGUCAGUCUUGCGAGUGCUUUGAGCCGCCACAUUCCUGACACCGGAACAUGGCUCUUACGGUCCAAGCAAUUCCAGGAUUGGAAAAACUCAGAGACCGGCACAAUGUGGAUAACGGGUCUGCCAGGAUCGGGCAAAACGCUUCUCUGUGCUUCUAUCAUCCGAGACAUCCAGCAGCUAUGCGCAGAUACUACAGCAGUCGUCUACUUCUUCUGCGAUCAUCGUGAUCGCGCGAAAACAACGCACGAGAAUUUUGCUGCGAGCAUCGUAAGGCAAAUGAUGGAAGCUUCGUUUUUGUGUCUCGAACAAGGCAGAGCACUGUACAAAGAGAAGUCCAAGGAAGGCAGUCGCCCUUGUCAUAAAGACGAGUACAUACCACUGAUCUGUUCUUCAGUGGAAAAUCUUAAAGAGGUUUAUGUUAUCGUGGAUGCGCUCGAUGAAUCCACUCAGGGCGAUGCUAUAGCCCAAAGUCUCGUGAAAAUACACGACUCUGGCAGAAAAGUGGGCUGUCAUAUCAGAGUUCUUUUAACAAGCCGAUUCGACGCCCGUAUACAAGGGCGAUAUCCGACCCUUGCUAUGACACAUGUUGUUCUUGCAGAGAACAUGCGCUCUGACAUUCAGCACUACGUCAAUGAAGAACUUCGAUUACGUCUCGCCAAAGGCGUACUGAAGGUCAGGAACGACAACAUUUUGCCUGCAAUACAGCAAUGCGCUUUACUCCGUGCUGGCACGAUACUACAAGCAAGGUUGCAGAUCGACUACCUUUGCACAGCAAAGUCGGACAAAGAGAUCAAAAACAUGAUACAAAGGUUGCCUAACGGACUCGGAUACACGUAUCAAACACUUCUAUGUGGUAUCGCGAUGCGAUAUCCGACGAGGAUUGUAGAGGUGCAGAAAUUGUUCCGGUGUCUUGUCACUUCUGCUGAGCCCCUUACUGCUUGCGAGCUAUCAGAAGUGUUGGCCAUGGAACCCAAUGAACGCGAUCUAGAUCAUGACGCCGUGGUCACUGAUCCUUUCGAUGCCUUAGAACCUAUCUCUGCUCUUGUUCGGAUCGAAGGAAUGGGGACACUACGCAGUGUAGUAAAACUUUGCCAUUACUCGUUCCAAGAGUAUCUCUGCUCUCAUGCCAUUCGACAAAGUCCGGCCCACUUGUUUCAUAUUGACAAAGAAGAAGCACACGCGUGGAUGACUGGUUUAUGCCUGCAGUAUCUCACGUUGAAUACCUUCGAUAUGCCAAUAGAGCACGGUCUGGAUCUGGGUUCCAAUGAUAUGUACGCUUUUCGACGAUAUGCAGCAGCCAACUGGUUCAAGCAUGCCAUGAUGGCAGAAAACUACUGGUUACUACGAAACGCAUCCAUUCCUUUUCCGAGUUUUUUCCUGGAUGCUGGUGAGGGACCACCUUGUUACAAGAGAUGGCAGGAUCUGGUUGCGAACACUUAUUUCGAUGCUGACUUCAUCGAUUAA